AUGUUCUGCUUCUGUGGUGAGCACCUCCCCAGACAAUGCAAGUUUGACUUCCUGGCCGUCCAGCAUCCUGUCAAGACAGACCACCUCCGCAUCCACCUCACCAUAGCCACCAUCAGGGCGAUCGCUGCAAACCACGGCCGAAGGUGUGCUGCUUUCCUCGCACCGCUCGUGUGCCGUGCAGUACUAGCAGCACUGUCGACACCACCUCUGAUGGCGACGGUGCCGUGUACUGAUGGUUCUGGUACCACUGCCGGUGUUAAGGCAGCUGUCCUAACUGAUGACCAUCAUGGGAACAACAAGAUGUUUUCUUAG